UUGCAGGACCUGUGCGUGCAGGACUUCGUUGCCAGGAUGCUGGGGUCGCGCGGGACCUCACCUCCGGUGUCCAAGGGCGUGGGGCAUCCGUUGGACCUCAUCGCUGGGGUGUGUAGGGUCUAGAAGCAUCUCCACUCUCCCCACCUUGGCCAUCCAGAGUGCAGGCUGUGGCUGCUGCAGGGAGCCUUCCUGUGGGACCGGGCGUGCUGACACCUCUGAGAUCCAGGCACCAUGCCACGCAGCCCCACAUCCAGUGAGGACGAGAUGGCCCAGAGCUUCUCCGACUAUUCCAUGGGCUCAGAGUCUGACAGCUCCAAAGAAGAGACCAUCUAUGACACAAUCCGGGCCACCACAGAGAAGCCAGGCGGCGUGAAGAUGGAGGAGAUCCAGGGCAACACCCUUGUGAUUCGAGUCCUCAUCCAGGAUCUGCAGCAGACGAAGUGCAUUCGAUUUAACCCGGACGCCACCGUGUGGGUGGCCAAGCAGCGGAUCCUGUGCACCCUGAACCAAGGCCUGAAGGAUGUACUCAACUAUGGGCUCUUCCAGCCGGCCAGCAAUGGGCGGGACGGCAAGUUCCUGGAUGAGGAGCGGUUGCUGCGGGAAUACCCACAGCCCAUGGGCCAGGGUGUGCCUUCCCUGGAGUUUCGCUAUAAGAAGCGUGUGUACAAGCAGACCAACCUGGAUGAGAAGCAGCUGGCCAGGCUCCACACAAAGACCAAUCUGAAGAAGUUUAUGGACCACACUCAGCAUCGCUCAGUGGAGAAGCUGGUCAAGCUGCUGGACAGAGGCCUGGAUCCCAAUUUCCAUGACCUGGAGACUGGAGAGACGCCCCUGACCCUGGCUGCCCAGCUCAGUGACUCCAUGGAGGUCAUCAAAGCUCUCAGAAAUGGGGGUGCACAUCUGGACUUCCGUGCCAGGGAUGGCAUGACCGCCCUUCACAAGGCUGCCCGGACGAGGAACCAGCUUGCCCUGAAGACCCUCCUGGAGCUGGGCGCCUCCCCGGAUUACAAGGACAGCUAUGGGCUCACGCCGCUGUAUCACACAGCCAUUGUGGGGGGCGACCCUUACUGCUGCGAGCUCCUUCUCCAUGAGCAUGCCUCCGUGUGCUGCAAGGACGAGAAUGGCUGGCACGAGAUCCACCAGGCCUGCAGGUACGGCCAUGUCCAACAUCUGGAACAUCUGCUCUUCUACGGCGCGGACAUGAGUGCACAGAACGCCUCGGGGAACACAGCCCUGCAUAUCUGUGCCCUCUACAAUCAGGACAGCUGCGCCAGAGUGCUGCUAUUUCGGGGUGGAAACAAGGAAUUGAAAAACUACAACAGCCAGACGCCAUUUCAGGUGGCAAUAAUAGCGGGGAACUUUGAACUCGCAGAGUACAUCAAGAACCACAAGGAAACAGACAUUGUGCCCUUCCGAGAGGCCCCAGCUUAUUCCAACCGCAGGCGGCGGCCCCCCAAUACAUUGGCUGCCCCCAGAGUUCUUCUGCGUUCCAAUAGUGACAACAACCUCCAUGCUGGUGCACCUGAAUGGGCUGUCUGCUCUGCAGCCACCUCCCACCGCAGCCUCUCACCCCAGCUGCUGCAGCAGACGCCCAACAAGCCUGAUGGAGCCACGAAGAGCCUUGGAAGCUAUGCCCCUGGGCCCCGCAGCCGCUCCCCCUCACUCAACAGGCUCGGUGGCACUGGCGAGGAUGGCAAGAGGCCACAGCCACAUUGGCACGUGGGGUCGCCCUUCACUCCUGGUGCCAACAAGGACUCCCUCUCCACCUUUGAGUACCCAGGGCCCAGGAGGAAGCUGUACAGUGCGGUGCCCGGGAGACUCUUCGUCGCCAUCAAGCCAUACCAACCCCAAGUCGACGGCGAGAUCCCCCUUCACCGAGGUGACAGAGUCAAAGUUCUGAGCAUCGGCGAGGGUGGCUUCUGGGAAGGCAGCGCCCGUGGCCAUAUCGGGUGGUUCCCGGCUGAGUGUGUGGAAGAGGUGCAGUGCAGACCCCGGGACAGCCAGGCAGAAACCCGUGCGGACCGCAGCAAGAAGCUCUUCCGGCAUUACACAGUGGGCUCCUAUGACAGCUUCGAUGCCGCCAGUGACUGCAUUAUUGAGGAUAAGACGGUGGUCCUGCAGAAGAAGGAUAACGAAGGCUUUGGAUUUGUGCUCCGAGGGGCAAAAGCUGACACCCCCAUUGAGGAGUUCACACCUACACCGGCAUUCCCAGCCCUGCAGUACCUGGAGUCCGUGGAUGAAGGUGGGGUGGCAUGGCAAGCCGGACUAAGGACCGGGGACUUCUUGAUUGAGGUUAACAAUGAAAAUGUCGUCAAGGUGGGCCACCGGCAGGUGGUGAACAUGAUCCGCCAGGGAGGAAAUCACCUCGUCCUUAAGGUCGUCACAGUGACCAGGAAUCUAGACCCUGAUGAUACUGCCAGAAAGAAAGCUCCCCCACCUCCAAAGAGGGCUCCAACUACGGCCCUUACCCUGCGUUCCAAGUCCAUGACGGCGGAGCUGGAGGAACUCGUGGACAAAGCCUCAGUCCGGAAGAAGAAGGAUAAACCUGAAGAGAUAGUCCCAGCCUCCAAGCCCUCCAGGACUGCAGAGAACGUAGCCAUCGAACCGAGGGUGGCGACCAUCAAGCAGCGGCCCACCAGCCGGUGCUUCCCAGCAGCCUCCGAUAUGAAUUCCGUGUACGAGCGCCAAGGGAUUGCUGUAAUGACGCCCACGGUCCCUGGGAGCCCGAAAGGUCCAUUUCUGGGCCUCCCUCGAGGUACGAUGCGAAGGCAGAAAUCGAUAGACAGCAGAAUCUUUCUAUCAGGGAUAACAGAGGAAGAGCGGCAGUUUCUGGCUCCCCCGAUGCUGAAGUUCACCCGAAGCUUGUCCAUGCCGGACACUUCCGAGGACAUACCCCCUCCGCCGCAGUCUGUGCCCCCAUCUCCCCCUCCACCUUCCCCCACCACGUACAACUGCCCUAAGUCCCCGACUCCGAGAGUCUAUGGGACAAUUAAGCCUGCGUUCAAUCAGAACCCCGUCGCCAAGGUGCCCCCAGCCACCAGGUCUGACACUGUGGCCACCAUGAUGCGGGAAAAGGGGAUCUUCUACAGGAGAGAGCUGGACCGAUUCUCCCUGGACUCCGAAGACGUCUACAGCCGCAGCCCCGCCCCACAGGCCGCCUUCCGCACCAAGCGGGGGCAGAUGCCUGAGAACCCAUACUCAGAGGUGGGAAAGAUAGCCAGCAAGGCCGUCUAUGUCCCUGCCAAGCCAGCCAGGCGGAAGGGCAUGCUGGUGAAGCAGUCCAACGUGGAGGACAGCCCUGAGAAGACAUGCUCCAUCCCCAUCCCAACCAUCAUCGUCAAGGAACCCUCCACCAGCAGCAGCGGCAAGAGCAGCCAGGGCAGCAGCAUGGAGAUCGACCCCCAGGCCACCGAGCCGGGCCAGCUUCGGCCCGACGACAGCCUCACUGUCAGCAGCCCCUUUGCUGCAGCCAUCGCUGGGGCUGUGCGUGACCGGGAGAAGCGUCUGGAAGCCAGGAGGAAUUCCCCGGCCUUCCUCUCCACAGACCUGGGAGAUGAGGAUGUGGGUCUGGGGCCACCUGCUCCCCGGAUACGGCCCUCCAAGUUCCCCGAGGAGGGUGAGUUUGGUGACGAGGAUGGAACGGAACAACCGCUGUCGCCUACCCCUGGGACAGCACCCAGGGAGCUGGAGAACCACUUCCUAGGUGGUGGCGAGGCUGGUACUCAGGGAGAGACCGGGGGACCCCUGAGUUCCACAUCCAAAGCCAAGGGGCCUGAGAGUGGCCCAGCAGCUCCUCUCAAGAGUGGCAGCCCAGCCAGCCCUGAGAAUUACGUGCACCCCCUCACGGGGCGGCUGCUCGACCCCAGCUCCCCGCUGGCCCUGGCACUGUCCGCCAGGGAUCGAGCCAUGCAGGAGUCCCAGCAGGGGCACAAGGGGGAGGCCCCCAAGGCUGACCUCAACAAGCCUCUCUACAUCGAUACCAAAAUGCGGUCCAGCGUGGAGUCCAGCUUCCCUCCCGUCACCAGGCAGAACACCCGGGGUCCCCUGCGACGGCAAGAGACAGAGAACAAGUACGAGACGGACCUGAGCAAGGACCGGAGGGGUGAUGACAAGAAGAACAUGCUGAUCAACAUCGUGGACACAGCCCAGCAGAAGUCAGCCGGCCUGCUGAUGGUGCACACGGUGGACGUCCCCACGGCAGGGCCACCCCUGGAGGAAGAGGAGGACAGAGAGGAUGUGGAUAUAAAGCCAGACCACUCACCCUCCACAGUGCCAGAAGGCGUUCCCAAAACCGAAGGUGCUUUACAGAUCUCCGCUGCCCCGGAGCCCGCCGCCGCGCCCGGCAGGACCAUUGUGGCAGCGGGCUCCGUGGAAGAGGCGGUGAUUCUGCCAUUCCGCAUCCCCCCUCCCCCUCUGGCGUCCGUGGACUUGGAUGAGGACUUCCUUUUCACAGAACCAUUGCCUCCCCCCCUGGAAUUCGCCAAUAGUUUUGAUAUCCCCGACGACCGUGCAGCUUCGGUUCCCGCUCUGGCUGACUUGGUCAAACAGAAGAAAACCGAUGCCCCUCAGCCCCCUUCGUUGAACUCCAGCCAGCCAGCCAACUCUGCAGACGGUAAGAAGCCGACUGGCAUCUCCAACUGUCUGCCCUCCUCAUUCCUGCCGCCCCCCGAAAGCUUUGACGCCGUCACCGACUCCGGGAUCGAGGAGGUGGACAGCCGGAGUAGCAGCGACCACCAUCUCGAGACAACCAGCACCAUCUCCACAGUGUCCAGCAUCUCCACGCUGUCCUCCGAGGGCGGAGAGAGCAUGGAUACCUGUACAGUCUAUGCAGACGGGCAAGCCUUUGUGGUUGACAAGCCCCCAGUACCUCCAAAGCCAAAAAUGAAGCCCAUCGUCCACAAGAGCAACGCACUUUACCAAGACACGCUCCCAGAAGAGGACACAGAUGGCUUUGUGAUCCCCCCACCUGCACCCCCACCCCCGCCGGGCAGUGCCCAGGCCAGCGUGGCAAAGGUCAUCCAGCCAAGGACCUCCAAGUUGUGGGGUGACGUCCCAGAGGUCAAAAGCCCAAUUCUCUCAGGCCCCAAGGCAAAUGUCAUUAGCGAGCUGAACUCCAUUCUGCAGCAGAUGAACAGGGGGAAACUGGUCAAGCCCGGGGAAGGGCUGGAACUGCCGGUGGGAGCCAAGUCAGCCAACCUCGCUCCAAGAAGCCCGGAGGUCAUGAGCACAGUCUCAGGAACACGGAGCACGACGGUCACCUUCACUGUCCGCCCGGGCACCUCCCAGCCCAUCACCCUGCAGAGCCGGCCCCCCGACUAUGAGAACAGGACCUCAGGACCAAGGCGCGCCCCGAGCCCUGUGGUCUCACCAACAGAGCUGAACAAAGAGAUUCUGCCCACCCCUCUGUCUGCUGCAGCAGCCUCUCCUUCCCCCACACUCUCAGAUGUCUUUAGCCUUCCAAGCCAGUCCCCUGCAGGGGACCUCUUUGGCUUGAACCCAGCAGGACGCAGCAGGUCACCAUCUCCUUCAAUACUGCAACAGCCAAUCUCAAAUAAGCCUUUUACAACUAAGCCUGUCCACCUGUGGACGAAACCAGACGUGGCAGACUGGCUGGAAAGUCUGAACUUGGGUGAACACAAGGAGACCUUCAUGGACAAUGAGAUUGACGGCAGCCACUUGCCGAACCUCCAGAAGGAAGACUUGAUAGAUCUGGGGGUGACUCGGGUCGGGCACAGGAUGAACAUAGAAAGGGCUUUGAAACAGCUGCUGGACAGAUAAGAGUGGCUGCCCUGGGCCUUCACAGACUCCUUCGUUAUAAGUAGAGAUGGGCUUAUGUUGAAAAGUGUGGUGGCCAAGCAGAGGCUGAGAGAGCACCACUCUCGGUCCAUGGGUUUGUCUCUGGGUACCCAAAGAAGUGCUGUGGGUGUCCUUGGUGUGGCCAAGCCAGGGCCUCAAAACCCAGCUCUCCAUGCAGAUUUCUUGGGCGGCUUCUGUCCAAAGGGACGGUAAGGGGGUUUUCUGUCAUGGUCCCAGAGGCUCCCGUUGAUGGCAUGUGGGACCCUCUCCUCCUGUGGCAGGUACCAGUGUACUCCAGAUACCUCCUGAGGCCUCCCUCCUCUGCCUUCUGGCAGCUCUCACCCUCCAGCCCCAGAACACAGCCUUUCUUCAGGCUUGUGGCCUCUGGGUGGGCUCACUGGCUCUUGUCCUCCCCUGCGCCCAGCUCUCAGUGAGCAGCUCCAGGUGGAGCCCUGCCUGAGCCAGACGGUAGAGAAGCGCCGUCCCAUCCGCCUCUUUGUCCGACUCCUGUGACGUGCAUCUGAGUUUCUUUGGCCCCGAGGUCCUUGGCGGUGGUAGCUAUGUGGACAGGAUCGUGCCCAGCUUGCCUAACUUGCUUUCUUUAUUUCUGCAAACCGGUUAGCAAUUCCAGGGCGGCCAAACCGAAGUCACACGGAGUUAGCCAAAGCACAAAGUCACGAUCCUGAGGAGGAGGGAGGGAGGCCUGGCCACAGAGCCAGCCAGUGUGUGGCUGUCCAAGCCCACAACCUCCUCUAGGACAAGAGCGGGUGUCUGCCUGGAGCAGCAUCUACCCAGGAGGGAGAGGCGGGGGCUCUUGAAUUUCCUUUAAUUGGAUGUCUGCUGAGCUCCACAGAGGUCAGAACAGAUGAGCAACUGCUCUGACAAGGACAAGACCUGAGGCUCUGGUGAGCCCGGCUGCCCGAGGAAGCUGACGUCCUCCCUGGGAGAGGAUGGGGUGCUCCCUGCCUUCCAUCCACACCAGCGGGCGAGCAUCCUACUGAGGCAACCCUUUGGCUCUCAGAGGCCAAGAAAGGUGGAACUCAGGGGCCUUUCUCCCUUCUCUCAGUUACCGGGGAUCCCACCAGCUUGUCUUAACUGUAAGUCUGGGUCUCAGAGAAGCCCGUGGUCAGGACCUGGUGGACAGAAAGUGGGGCACAGGCUGUGGCAGAGUGUAGGUGUGUGUGGAAAGGAAGGCAGGGAGCAUCCUGGACCAAGCCUCACCUCAGGCCCAGCUGCCUGAGCCUGCCCUUCUUGCCCCCAGAUCUCUCCAUCCCAAAACAAUACCUCUAAUGUACCAGGGAGGUCACCGACUGCACACAGCCACCAAUGCAGCCAGCUAGGCUCCCGAAUCCCCCUCCCCCCGCACUCAGAGGAGAUGUGAAUGUCAGGUUACGGUUUUAUUAUUUCAGAACUAGCCCAGCCCAUCUCUAAUUAUAAAACAUGAUUUCUUUUCUUUCAUUUUUUUUUCCUUCACUUAUGCUCACAACCACCUGUCUGACGAGGCCUGGAACAGCUCUAGAAUGAACACAUAAAAAUUUAGCAAUUUUUAAACAAAAAAAUCUCUUUCUUUACUGCAAGUUUAAAUAUGUGUACAGAUAGUUCAUAAGCACAAUAUUUUAAGAAAAAAAAAGUGGCUGGUCUACUGGGCAGCCUCUGUGCCACCUAGUGCUGGAAAGCUAAAGGGAGAAAAGGUUUGUGGUUUAGCGAUACCAUUUCGUUGGGACAAUUACACAAGCAACCUUUUAAAAAUCAUCUUUCCCUGGACACAUCGGAACCUGCAGCAUUGGGUCGUUUUUUUUCCAGACUUGCCACAGCUUCAUCACUGAAGGCCAAUUAUUUCUUCAAAAAGGAUUAGAAUCUACAACUUGUCAGUUUCUCCAAAAACAAUGCCCACACAUGCUCAUGCAUGUACGAAUACACACACACACACACACACACACACACACACACACACCCUCACGCAUGCCCACACCACACCCCUUGAUAUGGAGACCAAGGCUUCAAAUCUUAAUCUGUUCCCAAAACCCUUUGCAGGUCAACCCCAACUUGUAAACCAUCCAAUCAGCUGGUACCAGGUGACUGCUGAGCACCUUGCUCUGGGUUCUGUCAUUUUCCCACAGCAAGGUGAGUGAAUUAGCAAUGUUCCAGAAACACUACAAAUCCAGACACAGCGGGUAGCCCGCAAAGAAUUCAGAGAGUAUGAAAAUGUGGCCCCGCCAUGAAUUUGUCUUCCAUUGGGUGGUUCUUCGAAGUCCCCUCAGUGUGCCAUGUCACUGGGCUCCUUUCCUUUGCCUCCGGUUGGCAUUACCUCUGUGCUCAGUGCCAGGCAGAUGCCAGGCAGGAGACCUGAUGGCUUGGGGCCCGCUGAACUUAGGCAGCGGGUGACAGGCCGCGACUGCCUUCCUUAGACUUCAAGCCAAAUGCCACCAAGCAGAAGCAAGCUGACUGCCAGCCUUGGGAGCUGAUAGGCCAGCUUUGCUUUGCAGUGUCUGGUCACAGAAACACAGCCGGGCCUAUCAGAACCCCCCCCCCCAACCACCCAAACACACACAUUUGCCUAGAUGAUUGGGUCUCUAUCUCUGACAGUGAACGUUGCUAAGAAAGCAAUAGUCCCUCAUUGCAAUCGCCGCCCAUUGUUCUCCCCACUUGGAACAUGUCAGAACCAGGCCCUACUCCAGGACCCUCUUCAGUGGUGAAUCAGAUGUUAAACUGCUCAUAAGGACCAUGUUACCACUAUUCCAGGUUUUAAGAUCAACUUUUGUUAUAUACUGUAAUUUAAAUAACUGCAUAAAUUUACAUGCCUAGUUUCUGUAAUAUUGUGUAUACAAAACCAAAAUCUCUCAAGCUGUAAAUUGUGUAUACCCGCCAGGAUCCCUACUCUGGGGUGUCCGUGCGCAUUUUAGAUUUAAUUCAUACAAUUAAAAAGAACUCAAUGUGACUGCUGACGUGCUGAAACUUUACAUAAGAAAUAUUUGUGAUACUUUAGUUAAUAAAAUGGUGAGUUUUUUUUCCUGAGUUAUUGAACAAGCGAACAUUACCCAGCUGACCUGGCAAUGACUUUUUGUGUGUGUGUGUGGGUAGGGGGGGCCACAAAUAACGAUUUUUUUCUCCCAUUAGCAAUUUUGGGUUUUGAAUCCAUGUUUCACACUAUAGUUUGUGUGUAACAGCACAUGUCAUGUUAUCUUUGUUGCCGUUGAUUUUGUGCUCUUUUUCUUUUUAGACUUUAUUUAUUUAGAGAGAGAAAGAGCAAGAGGGAGGGAGGGAGGGAGGGAGGGAGGGAGAGAGAGAGAGAGAGAGAGAGAGAGAGAGAGAAAGUUCCUGUACUUUGCACUUUCCCCCCAAUCCUUCGAUCUCUUGUAUGGCAACCAAAAUUACUGUAAAAAAAUAAAUAUACUCUUGCAAUAA